UCCAAGCUCUCCUGCUGACCCCACCAUGACAUCGGAGCCCACGUCGCCCCCAGUUGUGCCCCCGCUCCACUCCCCCAAGUCACCUGUCUGGCCCACCUUCCCCUUCCACCGGGAGGGCAGCAGGGUCUGGGAGCGGGGUGGUAUCCCGCCUCGGGACCUGCCCAGCCCUCUGCCCACCAAACGGACCAGGACGUAUUCAGCGACAGCCCGCGCCUCUGCUGGCCCCGUGUUCAAGGGAGUCUGUAAGCAGUUCUCACGCUCACAGGGCCAUGGCUUCAUCACCCCCGAGAACGGGUCUGAGGACAUCUUCGUGCAUGUAUCUGACAUCGAGGGAGAGUACGUGCCGGUGGAAGGUGAUGAGGUGACCUACAAGAUGUGCCCCAUCCCGCCCAAGAACCAGAAGUUCCAAGCUGUGGAGGUGGUGCUCACCCAGCUGGCCCCCCACACUCCCCACGAGACAUGGUCCGGCCAGGUCGUGGGCUCCUAGGCGGGUGGCUCAGGUGCCAGCUGUCCAGGUGGUGGGAGCCGCGCAAGGUGGACGGGCAGCAGCCAGCCCCGUGUCCCCACUGCACCGAGCAGCCUCAAUGUGCACAUCUGUCUGUCUGUCUGUGCUUGUGGCUGUGAGCGUGUGCCUCCACCCACCCCCGUGACCCAUGACUGUUUGUGAGCUGGC